UCGCAAAUUUUCUUUAUCUCACUUUGUAAUAGUUUUCCAUAAAAAAUUUUAAAUUAACAAAAACACUUAAAAUUAAACAAUAGAUAAGACCACGUCAGUGCGUGUGAAUUUUCGUCAAAGCCCACCGCCCUUGUAAACAAACACCAUAAAAUGUUGCCGAGUAAAAAAUCAGCACAGAUUAUGUGCACUUUGUUGUUCACUUUCACAACAACAAGUCUAUGGGCAAGUUCAUUAGCUGACGUACCACGUCCCCGUGGUGUGUCUUUGUCAAAAGCAACACUGUACAAACCGCGUUCGGAUGAUAGCUGGCUUUGUUUGGACGGUAGUAAAACGUUGAAGUUUGUUCAAAUAAAUGAUGAUUACUGUGAUUGUGCAGAUGGCAGUGAUGAGCCCGGAACAGCGGCCUGUGCCGAGGGUACAUUCCAUUGUGCAAACAGAGGACAUCGACCACAAGAUGUGCCUAGUUCCAGGGUAAACGAUGGCAUAUGCGAUUGUUGUGAUGGCAGUGAUGAGUAUUUGGCAGAGGGCAUGUGUGCCAAUACUUGCAUAGAGUUGGGUAAAGUUGAGCAAGAGCAACGUAAGUCCCAGGCGGAAAUAUAUAAAAAAGGAGCAGCUAAACGUACAGAAAUGGUAGAGCGUGGUAAACAACUUAAAGGUGAGAGAGAAAAACGCCGCACCGAAUUGGAUGCACGUCGUCAGGAACAGGAAUCCCUAAAGGCUGAAAAAGAGCUAUUAAAGAAACAGGCCGAAGCAGCCGAAACGGAAGCCAUUAAUUUCUUUAAAGAGCAACAAAAAUAA